AUGGGUGGUUACAACUUGAAACUAACAUUAAAGAUUGCCCCUCGAACUGUGAGGUGUGCACAUACAACAACACGGGGAAAGCAGCUACUUGCACAACUUGCCUCAUCAACUAUGGACUCAGACUUGAUGGAACAUGCCUUGAGUGCCACAGAUGGAUCGAUGGUAUGUAGUACGUGUUCCAGCGGUUACCAGUACAACACAGGAACUUGUGGAUCCUGUUCGUUGAAUUGUUUGACGUGCGUAGCUGCUGGUGCAGUCACUGUAUGCACCGCCUGCCAGACCGGAUCAGUUAUGAAUAUGACCAGUCAACUCUGCAUCCCCUGUCCAGACAAGUGUUCAAGUUGCUCAAUUAGUGGUGCAACAACAGUUUGCAAUCCAUUCGGGUGUCCCAAGGGGUACGCUGUUGCUGCCGAUGGAACAUGCCAAGCUUGCAGCAAGUUGACAUUCACGAAUUGUGUCCAGUGUUCUGAUGUGAGCGGCAGCGGUACAGGCAAGUCCACCUGCCAGGAUUGUGCGGCUGGUUAUGGUCUCCAGGAGGGUAACAGUGGCUGUCAAUCCUGCUCCUCGCUAACGAAAUGUGGCAAGUGCAUUGACCUGGCCACAGGAUGCACCAAGUGCGCAAGUGGGUUGACUCCAGAUGUUGAUGGCAGUUCAUGUGGAAGUAUGUACACCCUCACCUCUUUAUUCCAUACUUUAUGUGCUCACCCUUUAUAUUUUGAAACAGUGAAUACUUGUCUGUACAUUAAAAAUGUUGCAUUCAUGUUCGUGCGUUUAAGCUGUUGUUAUUACUUACUGACAGUAACGUGUUACGCUUGCAAUUCUACAUCUCAGUGUGAUCCAUCCACAAGUAAGUCGCAAUUCUGCCCAACAUCUAAAGGCAGCAGUUGUUGGGUGACUAAACUGUACAACCUUAAAACCGGUACCAAUCAGAUUGCCACUGGAUGCUAUCAACAAACUUGUGAUGAUUCUUAUACCUCGGAGAAUUGCGAAAACAAUACUGAAAUUAAGAUGUGCAAGAAGUGCUGCACAACAGACAAAUGCAACAGUUUCUCUUUGAAAGGCAGAUCCACAGCCUCGAGUGUCAAACAAGUCGAACUGCUGGCCUUCGCUGCGACCACCGUCGUCAGCUUUCUCUUCAUCAUCAUCAUCCGCCUAACAUCUGCAUUAUAACAUUUCUCAUGGCAUCUUAAAAUUAUGAAAUUAUGUCAUAUAUAUAUAUAUAUAUAGUAAUUAAAUUAAUAAAUAAAUAUAUAUAUAUAAUAUAUAUUUAUAUAUAUUUAUUUAUUUAUUUACUAUCAACUUGAAAGAUGUACAACAUGUGUAUAAACACGCUUGCAAUCUUUGCCAUUUAUUUCAAAUAUUUAAUGAACAAUUUAACCAUUACGCCUAUUUAAUCUUAUUAAAAAUUGAUUUGCUCUUUGAAUAGUUGAAAUAGCAUUUCAUUACACACAACGCAUUUGCUGUCUGUUAAAAUGUUGUUGGCUUACUUACUGUCGGUUAGUUCAGCACGUGGCGACUUCGAUGCAUUCGAAUCUUGUUGUGCAUCUUCUGGACUCAGUCGUUUGCCUGAAUUAAUGAGCGUCUGGACCCGGAAGAUACUAAAUGAGGUAAGAUGGCUGAGUUAGCUUGCUUCAUGGCUGACUUCUGGAGAUGCUAGAGUUGU